AUGACGAAAAGCGAUGAAGAGAAACUGGACACAUUUCUGCACAAGGCAUUGAGAAGAAUAUUGAAAAUACACUGGCCAAUGAGGAUCACAAAUCAAACAAUAAGUGAGAUUGUAAAAAAAAACAGGCAGUGGAAGUGGAUUGGGGAAAAUCGCUUUAACAUGAGCACCAGUAGACAGAAGAAACGCGGGAAGACUGACAAAAAUUGGAGAAGAACUGUGGAAAAGAAGGGAAAUCAAUGGGGAUACAAGAUUGAGGCAGAAGUAGCACCUCAAGACAGAGACGCUGGCCCUAUUCUCCACCAGGAGACACGAAAAAGAUGA